CAUGACAACAUGGCGUCUCCAGGGCAAGUCUUGUGUCUGCUCACACUCUCCCAUGUAGCUGUCGGUAAAACUCAGGAGCCGCCAGUGUGGGCGCAUCUGUACACCGGGCCCGAGCAAACAGGCGCGCGCCUUACCACCGAAGACUACCUGAAUGACCUUCUACUGCAGGACUUCGACGAUAAGGCCUCGUCCUACUGCGUCUCCGGAGUCUGGCUCCUGUACGAGCGCCCCAACUUCGACGCGACGGGGGUCGGAGCGGCGGCGGCGGUGGUGGGCGAGGGUUCCUGUGCGGACGCGCCUCCUGAGCUCAGCAAGAAGGUAAGCAGCCUGAGGCAGGCAGGUUCCCCGAUCUCGCCGACGCGGCCUUCGCUCACCCUCUACAGCCGCAGCCGCUUCCGCGGGCAGGAGCUCUAUCUGACCAGGAAUCUGUCCAACUUCGGUCCGUUUAAGGAUGAGGCCUACUCAGCCAUCGUCACCGGCGACAUCCCGUGGACAGUCUAUACGUACGACGACUUCCAAGGAGCGGGAACCUGCCUGGCACCGCAGCAGUGGGUGAUGGUGGGAGGCGAGGCGGUCGGCGUCGGCCUGUUCCCCACGUAUCACGAGCUCGGCAGUUCGGGCGCCAUACGGAGUGCCAGGCUGGGGUGCGAGGCCCGGCAGAGCACGGACCAGAAGAAGGCCGCGCGAGGGACGGGCCGGAAGGAGGAGUAGACGACAGAGGAGCAAGAGGGGAAGGGCAAGAGAAUGAGGAGGGAAGGGGCUAAGGAUGAAGGAAAGACUAUCUGUCUCUCAUCCUUCGUCAGCCUCGAUAUUAUUACUAGAUGCAGUUUUGUGCCUUUUCCAGUUCUAUAUUCAUUUGAAUAAAAGUUUUCGGCUUUUCAAA